AACCAUGGAAAGCCUGUGUGCAGCAAAUAUCAUUUUUGCCCUGGACCUCUUAAUAAAGCUGUGUGAGAAGAAAAGUGGUCAGAAUCUAUUCUUUUCCCCUUUUAGUAUUUCUUCUGCUUUGUCUAUGAUUUUGCUGGGUUCAAAAGGUAACACGGAAGCUCAGAUAACAAAGGUGCUUUCUCUGAACAAAGCUGAGGAUGCUCACAAUGGGUAUCAAUCCCUUCUCUCUGAAAUUAACGAUCCAAACGCCAAAUACAUCCUGAGAACUGCAAACCGGCUUUAUGGGGAAAAGACGUUUGAGUUUCUCUCAUCCUUUCUAGAGUCGAGUCAGAAAUCCUACCACGCUGGACUGGAAGCGACUGACUUCAUGAACGCUUGGGAGGAUUCCAGAAAACAAAUCAAUGGCUGGGUAGAGGAAAGGACUGAAGGUAAAAUUCAGAACCUGUUGGCGGAGGGGGUUCUUAAUUCCCUGACCAGACUUGUGUUGGUGAAUGCCAUCUAUUUCAAAGGCAAGUGGGAAAAGCCAUUCAACAAAGAGGGAACUGCAGAAAGGCCAUUUCACAUUAACAAGAAUGAGACCAAACCUGUGCAGAUGAUGUUCAAGACAGAUAGAUUUAACAUGACCUAUAUUGGAGACUUCCAGACCAAAAUCCUUGAGCUGCCCUAUGUUGGUAAUGAAGUGAGCAUGAUCAUCCUGCUCCCUGAUGCAAUCCAGGAUGGAUCCACGGGCUUGGAAAGACUGGAAAGAGAACUUACGUAUGAGAAGCUGAUAGAUUGGAUCAGUCCUGAAAUGAUGAAGUCUACAAAGGUGAGGGUGUCUUUACCCAGAUUUAAACUGGAAGAAGAUUAUGAUCUGAAACCCAUUCUGAGCCGCAUGGGAAUGCCUGAUGCAUUUGACUUGGGGAAGGCAGACUUCUCGGGAAUGUCACCUGGCAAUGAGCUGGUGCUCUCUGAAGUGGUUCACAAGUCCUUUGUGGAAGUCAACGAAGAAGGCACUGAAGCAGCUGCUGCCACGGUUGGACGGAUCUUGGGUGGCUCUGCAAUGAUCAUUCCAGAUUUCACUGCUGAUCAUCCCUUCCUCUUCUUCAUCCGGCACAACAAAUCUUCCAGCAUUUUGUUCUGUGGCAGGUUUUGCUCUCCCUGAAGAGGAGUUGUCUUGGCAGGAAAGGGGCCAUUACACAAUAAAGAAUUCUCUAGAAUAGAGUG